AUGUCGUGCUGUCCGAAAGCUCGAGUGCUGCUCACUGGAAACGCGGAAAUCUUACUGUUUCUUUCCGCGCUGCAGCGCAACGAUGCCGCCGAGGUGGACGAAAUCCUUCGCACCAGUAACCUAGAUAUAGACACCGUGUUCGAAGUGGAAGACCGAAGAAGUGUCCUGGCGUCCUAUAAACAAGGUUACUGGCUACAUAACUUUAAACCGGAGUCCUCAUGGGCGAUGGGCAUUCACAUAUGCAUGAUGCACAAUGCGAUAGAAAGUGCCUUAGUGCUUCUGCAGAGGGGGGCAGCAGUGAACAGGAAGCCCAAUGGAAAAACACCACUGCAUGUUGCUUGUGCAGUGUCUCAUGCUGACUGCGUGGCUCUGCUGCUCAACUGGGGAGCUAAUGUCAACAGCCUGUCCCUGAGUGGACAUACCCCACUGCAUUACUGCACCACGCAGGAGUCAGUGGACUGCGCCAGACAGCUGAUCCUCAAAGGAGCAGACGUGAACAAGCCAAGCCAGAACAAUGAUAAAGACACUCCACUACACAUAGCCGCACACCUUGGUAUCUCUGAGCUUAUUGGCCUUUACAUUGCACAUGGUGCUGAUGUGAAUGCAUUCAAUGCCCAUAUGAAGACCCCUUUGAUCACUGCUGCAUUCUGGGCUAUGGAUGCUCGUGUGCAGACUUACAGCGAACAGCACCAUCUUGUGUGCCACAUACUGCUGGACUAUGGGGCCAACCCAAACCUCCAGGAUGGAGAUAAAAAAACAGCGUUGCACAAAGCCUCAUGGAACUGUGACCAUACACUGAUGCAGAUUCUGCUCGAAGCUGGGGCCGAUCCCAAGAUCAUGGACAUGAGCGGUAGUCCAGCCCUUCAGUACUCACUAAAUAUGACGCGGAUGCGGCCUUACUGUGAACCAUAUCGCUGCCUCCAGCUCCUGCUUAACUACGGAGCAGUCAGAGUUUACCCAAAUCAGUUCUACAAGGUGUUGGAGAUUUACCAUGAUGACCCUAGGACAGUUGAGGUGAUGGUAAAUUCCUAUGGGCAUCUCGUGAGUACACCACAAUGGAGGGAUGCUAUUCCUAAGAAAACAUACAAGGAACACAGGAUGUUUUAUGACUCACUGUUUGCUGCCUGCAAGACUCCGCGUUCUCUGCAACACCUGGCCAGAUUUGCCAUUCGCAUGGCAAUGUGCUGCUCCUGUGAUUCAGGCAUUAAGCAACUCCCACUUCCUACAUCAAUCAAACAAUACAUACUGCUAGAACCUGUGGGAAUCAUACACCAGUGACUGUAUUGGCUCAAAUAAAAUAUCAUUAUAUUCUGAUAAUGAAAUGCUCAGACAUUAAAACAUUAUUGUUAAAUUCACUUUUAAAUUAUUCCUUUAAAAGGCAGGAUAUUUAUCAGUGAAAUGUUCAAAAUGAAAAAAAAAAUUAAAAGUUUGAGAGCAUCAGUGAUAAAUAUGGCAUUUGUCUUCGCAAACUGCCUCCAAAAUGAUAAAAAUCCCAUCCUACAUUCAUCUGAUUUUCAAAAACAGUUAUGAGCCAUCAGAUUACAGUAUAAAUUUCAGUGAGCUAACAAUAUCUGAGAGAGUUUUGUUUAAAAUAAGAGGACAAACAUGAGGCACGAUGCCAACAGUGUGUUGUAGUUGGCAGCAGAAUGACAAGGUGUUUUAAAUGCCUCUAUUUAAGCACUAAUCCUUUUGAACUCUCUCAAUCCCUUUCAGAGAAGUUAAAGAAUUGAGAACGAUGCGAUAUUGAA